AUGCUGAUAAGAGAAUUGGCGACCGUUUGGGUCGCCGUCCUCUUGUGCCAUCUUCAGCUAACGGAGUCUCAGGUAAGCGUUCCUACUACAAAUGUGUUUACCUGUCCAAACGGAUGGGAGCUGCGAGGCAUACACUGUUACAAAUUCUUCAACAUCAGGCAUUCCUGGGAAAAAGCGGCGGAAUUAUGCAGGAGAUACGGGAGCGAACUGAUGGUGGUAGAAUCGUACAACGAGAACAACAUGUCGGCGAACAUGAUCGGCCGGCAUUUGGAUCGUUACUGGCUGGGUCUCGCUUCGCUCGACUACUUACGUACCAACACACUCGAAUCUGCCGCGGGAAUGCUCGUCUCGCAAUACGCUGGUUUCUGGGCGUCUAAGCAACCGAAUCCUCUAUCAGGCGAAUGCGUGGACGUCGCCUUGACGGACAACCAGCAAACGUGGGAAUUGACCACGUGCGAGUCACUUCUUCCUUUCAUGUGUCGCGCCGACGCCUGUCCUUCCGGUUCGUUCCACUGCUCGAAUGGCAAGUGCAUCAACGCGGCGUUUAAAUGCGACAAGCAAGACGACUGCGGCGAUUAUUCCGACGAAUUGGACUGCCCGGCUAACUGCCACUAUUAUAUGGCAAGCAGCGGUGACGUCGUGGAAAGUCCAAAUUACCCGCAUAAAUAUGCACCCCUCAGCAAUUGUAAGUGGACGCUGGAGGGCCCUCAAGGACAUAAUAUUCUCUUGCAGUUUCAAGAAUUCGAGACCGAAAAGAGCUUCGAUAUAGUGCAGAUCCUCGUAGGCGGUAGAACCGAGGAGAAGUCUGUAAAUCUCGCGACUCUUUCCGGCAAGCAGGACUUCAGCAACAAGCUCUUCGUCUCAGCUUCGAACUUCAUGAUUAUAAAAUUCAGCUCCGAUGCCUCGGUAGAAAGAAAGGGCUUCCGUGCCUCGUGGAAGACCGAACCACAGGCCUGCGGCGGGAUUCUCAGAGCAACGCCGCAAGGACAAGUGCUUAUGUCCCCGGCAUAUCCCCAAAAUUAUCCCGGAGGAUUGGAGUGUCUGUAUAUCUUGCAGGCACAGCCAGGACGCAUAAUGUCUCUGGAAAUCGAGGACUUGGAUCUUGAAACAAAUCGGGAUUAUAUUCUUGUGAGGGACGGAGAUUCGCCUAUGAGCAAACCGAUUGCACGUCUCACUGGAAAAUCGGAAGACAAUCCAACAGUAAUCAUGUCUACAGGAAACAACUUGUAUUUGUACUUUAAAACGAGCCUCGGUGAUUCCAGGCGUGGCUUCAGCAUUCGCUUCACGCAGGGCUGCAAAGCUACAAUCAUUGCAAGAAACGGAACGGUUCAGUCGCCAUCUUACGGUCUCAAUUAUUAUCCUAAUAAUCAGGAAUGUUUGUACAAAAUCAAAAAUCCAGACAGAGGCCCACUGUCACUGAAAUUCACUAACUUCACCGUUCACAAGACCGAUUACGUACAAAUAUACGAUGGCUCCAAUACGAACGGUCUACGCUUGCAUUCCGGAAGCGGUUUCACCUCUAACACUCGACCUAAGAUCACGCUCACCGCGGAAAGCGGAGAAAUGCUCGUUAGGUUCGUCUCUGACGCUUUGCACAGCAACAUCGGCUGGCAGGCUAAGUUUUCUGCUGAUUGUCCCCCGUUGCAACCUGGCGAGGGAGCUUUAGCGUCCAGUCGGGACACAGCAUUUGGUACAGUAGUUACGUUCUCCUGUCCAUUGGGACAAGAGUUUGCCACAGGCAAAUCGAAAAUUUCCACGGUAUGUCUCCCCGGAGGAAAUUGGUCAGUUAUGUAUAUUCCUAAAUGCCAAGAGGUUUACUGUGGUCCAGUACCUCAAAUCGAUAACGGAUUCUCAAUUGGUUCUUCGAAUGUUACUUACCGUGGACUGGCAACCUAUCAGUGUUACGCAGGAUUCGCGUUUCUUUCCGGAAGACCGACGGAAAAGAUUUCUUGUUUGGCUGACGGAAGAUGGGAAAAAAAGCCAUCUUGCUUAGCAUCUCAAUGCGCUCAGUUACCAGAUGCACCUCAUGCUAACAUGACUGUCUUGAAUGGCAGCGGUCGAAGUUACGGCACGAUUGUUAGAUUCGAAUGCGAGUCCGGCUACGUUCGAAGCGGGCAUCCCGUCAUUCUUUGUAUGAGCAACGGUACCUGGUCCGACAGAGUACCAACAUGUUCGCGUGCUAAAUGUCCGUUACUACCUACGAUUAAAAAUGGAUUUAUUAUUGAUAUCGGCAAAGAUUAUUUCUUUGGCGAUGACGUUAGAGUACAGUGCAAUAAAGGAUACAAGCUAAUGGGAUCAAAUAUCAUACAAUGUGGUCCUUAUCAACGGUUCGAUAACGUGCCAACUUGCGAAGAUAUAAACGAAUGCACAUCGAGCCAAUGCGAUCUGGCGUCCACGGAGUGCAUAAACAAUCCUGGUGCGUUUACUUGUAAGUGUAAGUCGGGCUUUGCAUCGACAAUGGAGUGCCGGCCUAUCGGUGAUCUUGGUCUUAUCAACGGCGGCAUUCCUGACGAAUCGAUCACUGUUUCAAGCUCGGAAAAUGGAUAUACAAAAACUGGUAUUCGUUUGAAUAACGGUGACGGAUGGUGCGGCAACAACAUCGAGCGGGGUGCAAACUGGGUGACAAUUGACAUGAAGGCACCGACGAUUAUUCGCGGUUUCCGCACGCAGGUUGUAGCCAGAAUCGACGGAAAUAUCGGGCACGCAACAGCCGUGCGGAUGCAAUACACGAACGACUUGACGGACGUCUUCAUAGAUUAUGAAAAUAAUUACGAAAAUCCGGACGGUACGCCGGUGGAGUUCAGAAUACCGGACCCGAAGCUUUCCAUCCUGAAUCUACCAGUGCCGAUCGAAGCUCGCUACAUAAGAUUCAGGAUACAGGAUUACAAAGGUGCACCAUGUAUGAAGCUAGAGAUGGUUGGUUGCACCAGAUUGGAAUGCGCGGAUAUUAACGAGUGUGCCAUCAGAAACGGUGGCUGCCAUCAAAAGUGCAUCAACAGUCCCGGCAGUUACUCCUGCAUGUGCAACACGGGUUUUGAAUUGUACAAAGGCAAUGGUACGGCCGGAUUUAAUCUGGCGAAGGGAGAAACUGGCGAAAGGGAUGGCGAUUUAUAUCAGAGAAAUAAAACGUGUGUGCCAGUGAUGUGUCCGUCAUUGACGGCACCGGAGAAUGGAAAAUUAUUAUCAACAAAGGAGCAGCAUCACUUUGGCGAUCUCGUUAGAUUUCAGUGUAAUUUUGGUUACGUUUUAUCUGGAUCUUCGGCUGUAAUUUGUACCUCUUCCGGGAUUUGGAACGGAACUAUUCCCGAAUGUCAAUAUGCGAAAUGUGUAUCGCUACCAGACGGUAAAAGCGAUGGUCUUACCGUGAUUCGAAACGACAACACCAGCGUGCUGGUACCCUUCAAGCAGAAUGUCACUCUGAAGUGCGGUACCAACGGCCGCUACUUGCGCAAUACCGCGACAUCCAAUUUCCGACAAUGCGUAUACGAUCCUAAACCCGGUUUGCCCGAUUAUUGGCUGUCUGGUCUGCAGCCAGCUUGUCCUCGCGUGAACUGCGGCAAGCCACUUCCUACGCCCGGCGCCGAGUACGGCCAGUAUGAAGACACCAAUCAUCAGUCUUCCUUCUUUUUUGGCUGUCAAGAUACCUUUAAAUUGGCCGGUCAGACGAACCACAAUGACAACGUUGUGCGUUGUCAGGCGAACGGCGUUUGGGACUUUGGCAACCUACGAUGCGAAGGUCCGGUCUGCGAGGAUCCUGGCAGACCGAGUGACGGCUAUCAAGUGGCGCGUAGCUACGAACAGGGCUCGGAGGUACAAUUCAGCUGCAACAGACCCGGCUACAUUCUCAUUAGCCCGCGACCUAUCGUCUGCAUUCGCGAACCUGAGUGCAAAGUCAUCAGACCCCUCGGUCUGGCCUCCGGACGCAUUCCAGAUUCGGCGAUAAAUGCCACCUCCGAGAGACCGAAUUACGAAGCUAGGAACGUCCGAUUGAACUCGGUAACCGGCUGGUGCGGCAAGCAAGAGGCUUUCACUUACGUUAGUGUCGAUCUCGGUCGUAUCUAUCGAGUGAAGGCAAUCCUCGUGAAGGGCGUGAUCACCAAUGACAUAGUCGGUAGACCCACGGAGAUUCGUUUCUUCUACAAGAAAGGGGAGACCGAGAAUUACGUCGUCUAUUUCCCGAAUUUCAAUCUGACUAUGCGUGAUCCCGGAAAUUAUGGUGAAUUGGCAAUGAUCACCCUGCCCAAGUAUGUGGAGGCCCGUUUUGUGAUUCUCGGUAUCGUUAGCUACAUGGACAAUGCCUGUUUGAAGUUCGAGCUUAUGGGAUGCGAGGAACCAAAGAUCGAACCAUUAUUGGGUUACGAUUACGGAUACUCCCCCUGUGUAGAUAACGAAGCACCGGUCUUUCAAAAUUGCCCGCAACAACCGAUAGUUGUGCAAAAGGGAGCCAACGGAGAAUUACUGCCAGUGAAUUUCACAGUGCCAACCGCCGUCGACAACAGUGGCAGUAUCGCUCGAGUGGAAGUAAAGCCUCCAAGUUUCAAAACCCCCAUUAGAAUCUUUGAAGACACGUUCGUGAAAUAUAUAGCUUUCGAUUACGAUGGCAAUGUAGCUAUUUGCGAGAUCAACAUCACUGUUCCGGAUAUAACUCCACCGAAACUGAGCUGUCCCCAGAGUUACGUUAUCGAACUGAUCGAUCGACAAGAGAGUUACUCCAUCAAUUUCAAUGAGACGCGAAAACGCAUCAAUGCCACGGACUCUUCCGGUCCUGUAACGAUCACUUUUGUACCAGAACGCGCAGUGAUCCGAAUUGGCGAUUUUGAAAACGUCACGGUAUAUGCAACGGACAUCAGUGGAAAUAGGGCAGUUUGCCACUUCCAAGUUUCGGUCCAGGCAACGCCCUGCGUCGAUUGGGAACUAAAACCGCCAGCUAAUGGUAAUCUAAAAUGCAUUCCUGGAGACCAGGGAAUGCAAUGCAGAGCGACCUGCAAGGCUGGAUAUAGAUUCACCGACGGAUCACCCAUAAAAACAUUCGGGUGUGAUGUUAGCAAACGAUGGACACCUUCGUCAGUGGUACCUGACUGCGUUUCCGAAAAUACGCAACAGGCCGAUUAUCAUGUAACCGCCACUGUAACUUAUCGGGCGAAUGGCGUCGUUUCUCGAUCCUGCUUGCCGAUGUAUCAAGAUCUCAUGGCUCAACAUUACACGAGUCUUAAUAGUAUUUUGACUCAACGUUGCUCCUCUAUCAACGUGAACAUGAACGUGUCUUUUGUCAAAGCGAUGCCUUACCUGAUUGAAGAAAAUGUUCUUAAGAUGGAUUUUAUUUUGGUAGUCGUUCCGGCACAACGUCAAACGCAAUUGUACGAAUUUUGUGGCUCCACGUUGAGUCUGAUCUUCGAUCUAAAAGUUCCUCAUGCGAGCGCAGUUAUCGAGCCUCUAUUAAACGUUUCUGCGAUUGGCAAUCAAUGCCCGCCUCUCCGUGCUCUCAAAUCAUCCAUUAACAGGGGCUUCACGUGCAGCAUUGGCGAAGUAUUGAACAUGGAUACCAACGAUGUUCCCCGUUGUUUGCAUUGUCCUGCUGGAACCUUCGCCGGAGAGAAACAAAAGCAAUGCACAGCUUGUCCAAAAGGCUUCUAUCAGAACAGCGAUCGACAAGGUUCCUGCUUGCACUGUCCUUUCGGCACGUAUACAAAGGAGGACGGUUCCAAGAGCAUAGACGACUGCAUACCAGUCUGUGGUUACGGCACGUACUCACCUACCGGUCUUGUACCUUGCCUCGAGUGUCCCAGAAACAGCUACACCGGUGAGCCGCCUGUUGGAGGCUACAAGGACUGCCAGACCUGUCCGGCUGGAACCUUUACCUAUCAACCAGCUGCGCCCGGUCGCGAUCGUUGCCGCGCCAAAUGCUCGCCAGGCAUGUAUUCGGAUACGGGACUCGCUCCUUGCGCUCAGUGUCCCAAGAACUUCUUCCAGUCUCAGCACGGAGCGACCACAUGCGUCGAGUGUCCCACAAACAUGUAUACGGACGGACCUGGUUCAGUCGGCCGCGAAGAGUGCAAGCCUGUCCAGUGCACCGACAGCGUAUGUCAGCACGGCGGUCUCUGCGUGCCAAUGGGACAUGGUAUACACUGCUAUUGUCCAGCUGGCUUCUCUGGAAGACACUGCGAGAUCGAUAUCGAUGAGUGUGCGUCUCGACCGUGCUAUAACGGUGCCACUUGUAUAGAUAUGCCGCAAGGCUACAGGUGUCAAUGCGCCUCCAGCUAUUCUGGCAUUAACUGCCAAGAAGAGAAAUCAGAUUGUACAAACGACACGUGUCCGGAAAGAGCUAUGUGCAAGGAUGAGCCUGGAAUUAAUAAUUACACAUGUCUCUGCCGAUCCGGAUAUACUGGAGUUGAUUGUGACAUCACUAUAAAUCCUUGUACGGCGAGUGGAAAUCCUUGUAAUAACGGCGCAACUUGCGUGGCUCUUCAGCAAGGUCGCUACAAAUGCGAUUGUCUGCCAGGGUGGGAAGGUCAAAGCUGUGAAAUCAAUACCAACGAAUGCGCUGAGCGACCUUGCCUACUUGGCGCCAAUUGCACUGAUCUAAUCGCUGAUUUCUCCUGCGACUGCCCACACGGAUUUACUGGCAAACGCUGCCAUGAGAAGAUUGAUCUCUGCUUGGGCAAUCCUUGUCUAAACGGAAUUUGCGUGGACAAACUCUUCAGCCACGAGUGCAUUUGCCAUCCGGGAUGGACCGGUGCAGUCUGCGAUACGAAUAUCAACGAGUGUGCAUCUAGACCGUGCCGACACAACGGUCAAUGCGUCGAUCUUAUCGACAAUUAUGCCUGCACUUGCGAGCCCGGUUACACGGGCAAGCAAUGCCAACAUACGAUCGAUAACUGCGCAUCGGAUCCUUGUCAGAACGGAGCCACGUGCAUAGAUCAGCUGCAAGGCUUCACCUGCAGGUGCAGACCUGGCUUUGUCGGACUGCAGUGCGAAGCGGAACGCGACGAAUGUUCGAGCGAUCCUUGUAAUCCAGUUGGCACUGACCGCUGCAUAGAUCUUGAUAAUACCUUCGUCUGCAGUUGUCGCGAAGGUUACACCGGACCGUCUUGCGAGAUCAACAUAGACGACUGCGCGUCAGAUCCGUGCCUGAACGGCGCAACAUGUAGAGAUGAAAUUGGUGGUUUCAAGUGCAUAUGUCCGGAGGGAUGGAGUGGAGUGUACUGUCAAAUGGAUGUUGGCAUGUGCCAGAACCGACCUUGCCAGAACGAUGCCAACUGCGUGGAUUUGUUCCUGGAUUAUUUCUGCGUUUGCCCGUCUGGCACCGACGGCAAGCAGUGCGAAACGGCACCGGAACGCUGCAUCGGAAAUCCAUGCAUGCACCACGGCCGCUGUCAAGAUUUUGGUUCCGGCUUAAAUUGUACUUGCUCUAAUGAUUACACCGGUAUUGGCUGUCAAUACGAAUACGACGCCUGCCAAGCUGGCGCUUGCAAAAACGGAGCCACUUGCAUCGAUGAAGGUCCCGGAUAUACCUGCAUAUGCCCUCCAGGAUAUACUGGUCAAACUUGCGAAGAAGAUAUAAUUGAUUGUAAAGAGAAUUCAUGUCCACCAUCGGCAACUUGUAUCGAUCUCACAGGCAAAUUCUUCUGCCAAUGUCCAUUCAACUUAACUGGUGACGAUUGCAGAAAAUCUAUCCAAGUGGAUUACGACUUGUACUUCAGCGAUCAAGGACGCAGCAGCGCUUCGCAAGUCAUUCCAUUCUUCACUAACUCCGCAAAAAGCCUGACUAUUGCUAUGUGGGUGCAGUUUACGCAAAGAGACGAAGGUGGAAAUUUCUUCACUCUUUAUAGCGUUAGCUCCCCACACGUUCCAACGAACCGAAGACUUAUGAUCCAAGCACAAAGUAAUGGUGUUCAUGUAUCUCUCUUCCACGACUUACAAGACGUCUACCUACCAUUCGGAGAAUACGCGACCAUAAACGACGGACAAUGGCAUCACAUUGCUUUUGUAUGGAACGGUGAAAAUGGCGGAGAACUCAUUUUAAUCACAGAAGGUCUCAUUGCAAGCAAGACCGAGGGUUAUGGCAGCGGCAGAUCACUCCCAGCAUACGCAUGGACAGUAUUAGGAAAACCACAGAGCGAGAAUACAAAGAGUUACACAGAUUUAGGCUUUCAAGGUCAUCUGACCAAGGUGCAAGUCUGGGGUCGUGCGUUGCAUGUGACAAAUGAGGUUCAAAAGCAAGUUCGCGACUGUCGUACAGAACCAGUUCUCUAUCAAGGACUAGUGUUGACAUGGGCGGGAUACGACGAAACCGUGGGUGGUGUCGAAAGAGUCGUGCCAUCGCAUUGUGGACAGCGUGUGUGCUCGCUCGGUUACGGUGGCAGUAGAUGUCAACAACUCGAGGUAGAUAAGAUCUCGCCCGAAGUAAGGGGUUGUCCAGGCGAUCUUUGGGUAAUCGCUCAGAACGGAUCAUCGAUCGUUACUUGGGACGAGCCACAUUUCAGCGACAACGUUGGCAUCGUAAGAGUUCAGGAGAAAAACGGACACCGAUCCGGGCAGACUCUAAUGUGGGGUACUUAUGACAUCAGUUACGUGGCUUAUGAUCAGGCUGGAAACUCGGCUACUUGCAACUUUAAAGUUUACGUGUUGUCCGAUUUUUGCCCGACACUGAAAGAUCCUGUCGGUGGUACGCAACAAUGCAAAGACUGGGGUUCGGGAGGUCAAUUCAAGGUCUGCGAGAUUUCCUGUAACGCCGGACUUCGGUUCUCACAAGAGGUCCCCAAAUUCUACACGUGCGGUGCAGAAGGCUUCUGGAGACCUACCAGUGAUCCCAGUCUACCUUUGAUAUAUCCAGCUUGUACGAGUGCUACGUCAGCCCAAAGAGUUUUCAAGAUUAGGAUGAAUUUCCCUACAUCGGUGCUCUGCAACGAAGCCGGUCAAGGUGUACUCAAACAGAAGGUUCGAAAUGCCGUAAACUCCUUAAACAGAGACUGGAACUUCUGUUCGUAUUCUUACGAAGGAACUCGCGAAUGCAAGGAUCUUCAUAUUGACGUACAAUGCGAUCAUCGCACUCGUACAACGAGAGAAACGAGCGAAGAAGAUGGUGGAACGUACGUCAUUUCCGCUGUUGUACCUGCAGAACCAACGAGAAAGGGUCGCCAAGGCAGUGACACUUACGAAGUGGAGAUCUCGUUCCCAGCGAUAAACGAUCCAAUCCUGAACGCCAAUUCAAACGAACGCUCUACUGUGCAAAUGUUGCUCGAAAGAUUGAUCCUCGAAGAAGACCAAUUCGAUGUUCAUGAUAUUCUACCUAAUACCGUGCCGGAUCCCGCAUCUCUCAUUCUGGAAUCCGAUUACGCCUGUCCCAUUGGUCAAGUUGUUAUGGCACCGGAUUGUGUACCAUGUGCGGUAGGAACAUUCUAUGAUGAAGAAGCGCAACAAUGCGUGUCCUGUCCUGUGGGCACUUAUCAGAGCGAGUCCGGGCAAUUAAAAUGCAAUUCUUGUCCGAUAAUCGCUGGUCGUCCCAGUGUGACUGUGGGUCCUGGAGCGCGUAGCGCAGGGGACUGUAAGGAGCGUUGUUCUGCCGGCAAAUACUACGACGACCUAGGCGGUCUCUGUCGUAGCUGCGGCCAUGGAUUCUAUCAGCCAAACGAGGGUAGUUUCUCCUGCCAGCUGUGUGGCCUUGGAAAGACCACGAGAACAGCCGAGGCUGUGUCGAAGGAAGAAUGCCGAGACGAGUGUGGGUCUGGACAGCAGUUAGCCAUCGAAGGAAAAUGCGAACCUUGCCCACGCGGCACGUACCGAACUCAAGGAAUACAGGCAUCCUGCCAAGCGUGUCCGCUCGGUAGAACGACCCCGAAUAUGGGAUCAGCGGCGAUCGAGGAAUGCUCGCUUCCGGUUUGCGAACCUGGAACUUUCCUCAACGGCACCCUUAACGAAUGUGUGGAAUGUAAGAAGGGAACUUAUCAAUCGGAACCACAGCAAACCUUCUGUAUUCCGUGCCCACCGAAUACUAGCACCAAAGGAUCUGCUGCUACAAACAAAGCCGAUUGCACGAAUCCUUGCGAAACUAGCGGCGAGGAAAUGCACUGCGAUGCAAACGCAUACUGUCUACUCAUACCUGAAACUAGCGAUUUCAAAUGCGAGUGUAAGCCCGGAUACAACGGUACCGGAACUGUUUGUACGGACGUAUGUCUGGGCUACUGCGACAAUGAGGGCGUCUGCCUGAAGGAUUCUCGCGGGCAACCUUCAUGCAGAUGCAGCGGUAGUUUCACAGGCAAACAUUGCAUGGAGAAGUCUGAAUUCUUCUACAUCACCGGUGGCAUAGCGGGAGGUGUUAUCCUGAUCAUUCUCGUGGUGCUCCUCGUCUGGAUGAUAUGUGUCAGAGCGUCGAAAAAGAAAGAGCCUAAAAAGAUGCUGACUCCGGCAACCGAUCAGAAUGGCUCUCAAGUAAAUUUCUAUUAUGGUGCGCCAACACCAUACGCCGAGUCGAUAGCGCCGUCACAUCAUAGCACGUAUGCACAUUAUUACGAUGACGAGGAAGACGGCUGGGAAAUGCCUAACUUCUAUAACGAAACUUACAUGAAAGAGAGCUUGCACAACGGAGGCAAGAUGAACAGUCUUGCCCGAUCAAAUGCCAGUAUUUACGGCACGAAAGACGAUCUUUACGACAGACUGAAGCGCCACGCGUAUACUGGUAAAAAAGAUAAGAGCGACAGCGACAGCGAAGGCCAGUGACCGGGUAGAACAAUGACUUACACGCCAACAUAGAAUACGAAAAAGCGGGAGAUAUCAGUGUAAUCAGACGGAGUGACGACAAUAUCUCAUCCUUCGAGCGACGUCGUCGUCGUUGCGCCUUGACCGAUCGACGGAUCUUAUUAUUUAUUACAUUACCAUUCUGUAUGACGUCGCGCGAAAUCUGCGAUCUGAUCACGCGACCGGAUAUGAAGAAAGAGAGAGAAAGAAAGAGCGAAAGAGGCCCGAUCGAAAUCGCGAGAUCUCGCGUCGACGCAAAAGAUGCGCUUCGAUCGACAACUGCGGCGAGUGACGCAAACGCAAGAGUCCUGGAACGACGAUCGGCAAACCGUGCACCGAUUGUCGCUUCGGCACGCUCGAAAAAAACGGCAAAUUCGAGGUAUACCGGAGAACCGCAAAAGAGAGAGAGAAAAAAAAAACACAGAAAAUGGAAUCCGUCUUUCGAAGUGAAAUUCGAUGCGUGUUCAAUGAUUAAGGAGACGCGCGAGGUUGUAUUUUUUUUGUAAUUUAAUAGAAUGUUAAGGACCCCCCAGUCACACAUCACCCAUUUCUACUCCCCAUUCUCUCUUUUUAUUAACUCAUACCAAUCGACGGUGCGUACGUGAGAGAAACUGUGUGCUUGUAUGUUAAUAUAACUAUAUACGUACGUGGAUUUAUAUUUUGUUACUCUGAAGGUAUACGCAUCACGUUGUAAUAUAAUAGUGUGCGACAAGCGCAAUAAAUGGAGAAGUUUAACGAGAUUUCAAGUUUGAUUUCGGCAACUGGAAGACAGAAAGGAGCGAGGAAAAGAGUCUCAUCGUGGGGAAACCUCGCAACGCAACGCCGAGAGAACCACGUUCAUUCACGAUGACCAAAAGACAUUGAACAUUUACAUUCAGUGUAUUUUUUCACGUGACGAUAUCUCUGUAAAAAAAAAAAAAAAACAAAGGUAAAGAAAUAUGUAGAGUCGCCCAGUGUGACAAACGAUACUCUGUGCCUGCGCGGCGAGCGUGCACAAACGAUGCCUACCACGCUGUUUUCCAUUUAUGUUGUAAAAACUUUAACAAAUAGUUGUUUUUUUAUUAA